ACCCUGACGUCACUUCCUUGCUAUAUACCCGUCCGCCAUUUUCUGGCGGUGAGACAGUUAGGGGGACGGCGCACCGGUGGCGGCAGAGGAGCGGACGCAGUUUCCUGGAUAGCACGCCCACCCACACGGUGACUGAUACCGGACCUAUCCGAGGGGAGGGGCAGGGAGAGCGGCGGCUGAAGCAGGCGGGAGGAAGCGGCGCUGGGAGGCGGAACCUCUUGGCCCGGGCUCUAUUAAUCGGAGCGGCUCCCUCUGGUGCUGCCAAAAUGUUCCAAACGCCUGUCAAUAAUCUUGAGAAAAUAAGGAAGGCACGAAAAAGGGUGAAGCAAUUGUUACUGCAGAUUGGUCUAGAAACUUGCAGAGAAUCUUUUGAGGAAACCAACACUUAUAAUCCAGGAGACACACAUUUUUCCAGUACAUCAUGGGAGGAUGUCUCGCUUUGGGAAUCUAUUGGACGCAGAAAUGGUUACAGAACAAAGCAAUUCUGCUGUAGUCUCUGUAGUUUCGCAACUAGACUGCCCUCGUCAUUCAAAAGUCAUCUACAACGCUACCAUGAAGAUGAGAAGGACCAGGAGCUUAUGUCGGCUUGUCCAAGCUGCCCAUUCACAUCACAGACAAAGAAUGUUGUAAAGCACAUGCGGUUGUUUCACUCUAGUGUUCGAAAAGUUCAGGCUCCAAAAGAGAGUCCAAACCCAGUAAAUUCAGUCCGGUUUUCUUGUGCAAAAUGUAACUUCACUGACACGCUGUAUUAUAGUUUGAAAAGGCAUGUUCUUUUGACCCAUCAUCAAGCUGAGCUUGAAAAUUAUUUUGGGGAGAAGUCUGAAGAGGAACUCAAACAUUCUCCUCAAUUAAAGAUCAGUCUAGAUAGUAGAUACUAUUGCAAAAAAUGUAGUUGCAUUACUAGUAACCGUGAUGCUUUGAUGUACCACAUAUUAACAUCUGAUAAGCACAGAGAUCUGGAACUCAAACUUAGAACUGACAUUUCUGAUAUUAGUCGAGCGCGUGUAAGAAGACCAUACAAAAGGUUCUUUGCAAGAAGUCCCACUGUAGCUCAGGCACUUAAACCACAAGUGGUGGUGCCAAAUGCCACACCGGUAACCCCUUCAGCCACUAAAGAUGUAAAAGUUAUUUCCCUUCCACAAAAUGGUCCUAAUCCGCCUUCAUUGGGGACACCUAGUUCACUCAUCCAGAAAACUGUACCAGUAUCUACGACUGCGUCUGAUCCUGCAGGAGGUUUAGGCCAGACAAUAUCUACCACGGUUGCUUCUUCAGCUCAGGUUGGGUUUGUUACUGCUCAGCUUCCUCAAAACCAGAGCAUUACUCUUCAAGCUUCCCUUCCGCAAUCUGUCUUCCUGUCUCCGCAAUUUCCUUUGAACCAGCCUGUUACCGCAACUGUCCUUCCAUCAGGAGCUCAGGUUAUACCCGGUACCCAGACGUUGGCUCUAAAUCAGUCAGCAGUUUUAACCUGUCCGCAGUCUUUGCAGUCUGCUGUAAUAAAUAUGAACCAGGCUGGGAGACCCGCACUCUAUACUGUAAAUCAGUCUAUAACGCCGAACAAUGUUGUUGGCAAUCAACCUGGCAUUCCUCAAAAUACCAUCCUUGCUUCCCCCUUACUUAGGCAGCUGAUUCCCACUGGUAAGCAAGUAAAUGGCAUACCAACGUACACACUUGCCCCAAUCUCUGUAACAUUACCAGUCGCUCCAUGUGCUAUACCUGCUGUCAAUCCCCCAACAAUGCCAGUGCCGUUGUCUCAGCCUGAUAAAGUGACGCAGGUUUCAAAUUCUCCAGCCAGUGCUUCAUCUAAUCCUACACCAAAACAAAAAGCAUCAAAAAAGCCCAAUCCUAGUGUUACAAAAAGUCCAGCCAUUGCUCCAGCUGCUUUAGGCAAGGAGACGAAGCAGUGGAAGACAUGCCCUGUUUGCAAUGAACUCUUUCCCUCUAAUGUGUAUGAGGUACAUAUGCAGAUUGCGCAUAUAAAACAAGAAAAUAGUCCUAACAGGCCAACAGAGUCUUCUACUGCCAAUGAGGCAAAGGAAACUAUUCUCAUCGCUGCUCAGGCAUCAUUUUUGAAAGUCCUGAAAGAAAAAUCAAUUAGAUGUGUCACUUGCAAGACAUUUGCUCAAGAAGGCGAGGUGUUGAAACACUUACUUAUGCAUGGCAUGGUGUGUCUCUACUGCAAAGCGGUUUUCCACGAACUAAGAAACUUAAUCUACCAUAUGAAAAUUUUACAUGUAGGCAAAAAGAAGGUGCAUGCUGAUUUUGUCAAGAAAGGUUUCACAAUAUCAAGUGAUGCAAAUGGUAAUGCACUUUUUCCUCAUUUUGACUUUACAUUUAAUUUAUCUAGAGAAGAGCUUGGGGACAAAGAUAUGCACCUUGCGAUAGUUACUGGAGCAAACGCGAACACUGCUAGUCCAAUUUAUAUCAAAAUUCAGUCCCCACCAGUGUUUUGUGGUGCAAAAGAUCAGCGAGCCUCAAAGUGUUCAUUCUGCAAUUGUGCGUUGUCAAGGUCUGAGGUAUAUGAGACACACUUGAAAGAUAAGCAUCAUAUAAUGCCCACAGUGCAUACAAUCUUAAAGACUCCUGCUUUUAAGUGCAUCCAUUGCUGUGGCGUUUACACUGGCAGUAUGACGUUGUCAGCCAUUUCUGUCCAUCUUCAGCGUUGUCGCAACGCACCGAAAGAUAGUACCUCUGGAGAGGAGCUGAUGCUUGAAAACAAUGGUGAGCCUAAGCAGAAGGGCAGCGAGUAUGUAAAAACCAAACCCAACGCUACUGGUGAUACUCAGGGAGCCUCAAAUGAGUUUAAGAACCAUUACAAAUCUGGUCCGAAUGCCUCAAAAGACCUAGUGCCUUCUAAAAGGAGGAGGCUCGAAACCAAACCUGAUCCUUCAGAGUCUCUGGACGCGCUGCAGUCUCUUGAUAGCCUUGAGUUAAUUCCAGAACCUAAUGCAUCUGUGUCUAAUGAGUCUAAGAAAGAGUUUUUGUCAAAGUAUUUCCACAAGAAACCGUACCCCAGCAAGAAAGAAAUUGAACUGCUGUCUGUUGUACUGGAGAUGUGGAAAAGUGAUGUGGCCUCAUUCUUUGGUACGAAGCGUUACAUGUGCCUGAAAUUUCUCAGAAGUCACAAACAGAGAGUAUUGCUUGGAUUCAAGAUGGCUGAUCUCAAACGUUUGCAACAUGACUUAGAUUUGCAGGAAGACUAUUAAUUGGCACCUAGCUGCAGUGGGAAACACCUGGUUAGCAUCCCCAUGUCUUCUGUGAUUUCACACAAAAUUUAAAGGAAGCCAGGCAGAAGAUUAGAUGUUAACACCCUUUUUUGUCAGUUUGCAUUUUGUGGUUUUCACGUUCCAGUGCUCUCAUUUAUCAGCCCUUUAGGUCUUCACUGUCUAAGUGUCCUCUGUAUAAGCUUGUCAGUGUCCUUCAGAAUGUUCCAUUUGUCUGAAUAUUCCUUUCCAUUUUGUACAUUUCUGUACGUUUUGAUUUUAACUUUUUUUAUUUUUUAUCUUUCAUAUUUGAAAAAAUAACAUGUUAGCUUGACAGCUUAUGCAUGGUGUAGACAGUGGUUUUACUAUGCAGUGCUGGCAGAUGAUGGAAGGUGUAGUACAUUACUUGUUCUGCUCAUGUCUCUUGUAGGUAUGUCAGGGUAAGUGCCUAUAGCACAUUAAUAGUCUUGAGUACACUUGUUUGCUCUUGGUGCCGUUGUGCACAGUGGUUGCUGAAACCUGUAUAUUAACUGGAAGUUUUCUUCUGUAACUGAAGAAUGUGCUGCUGUGUGGUGGGUGUUUUUCCUCCUCUGGGCAGAUUUCCCCUUGUGAAGACGCACGAUGUCCUGGGCGAAGCCUUUUUAGUUUCUCUACAAAUGGCACUAGCAGCAUAAAUAAGUUCAUCUACAUACCGGGUGGAGCAUUAUUUCUGCAUCAUUUUGGGUGUGCUUAACAAGACAUUUUUUUUUUUUUCCAGUAUGGAAAUUCUAAUUCCAAUUUUUUUAUUUUGCAAUUUAGUUUUAAAUGUGUGAUACAGGACACUUUUAUAUACAUAAAUAAAUAUUAUAUAAUUUAUUAGGAACUUUGGGAAAUCAGGAACCCCUAGUUGUAGAAUAUGUAUCUAUGGUGCCAGUUGGGCUCCCUCAUUUCUACUCUAUUGUAUUAUGUGUAGUACAAAGGAAAUGUAACUUUGGCCAAUUUGGACUUGCUUUUGUUUAAAAUA